UGCACAAAGAAGAGGAGACGGUUGAGUAAAAAUUAGUCCUGAGCAAGGCCCUUGUUGAGCAAUUGGAUAUUUUUAUGAAGAGACGUAUGUGUCAUCAUUCCAAAAUCAUUGAACUAAGGGAUUUUGUGUAUAAAUUAAAAUGUUCAUGGAAGGGGGAGAUCACGAAGCGGCGCAGGAUGACUCCAGCGUGGAUGAGUUUACCGUGCCCCAGGAAUCCGAAAGAGAAAUACGGAAUCAACAGUCUUAUAUGGAGAGGAUAUUUGGUGUCACCCUUAACAUCAUAGGGGUACUAGAUCAACCCCCUUUGUGCCAUCGUCCAAUGGAACAUCUGCAGAUGUGGCUCCAAAUGAGAGGGGAUAGAAGGAGUAUUGGAAAGGCCAAGGACUAUAUAAAAGGACUAUGCAAACCAGAGGUAACCGAGGAUUUUGACUACCCACGAGAGAUGCAUUGCAUUUUUGUUGGGGCCAAAGGCCUCUUCCUUGAUUGCCUGAUCAAAGAAACAUCAGCAUAUGUAAAGCCCUUAGCACCUGGCCAAAUCAGGAUAUCUGGCCUAGCAGAAGGAGCAGUGAUGGCCCAAAGCUGGCUCUGUGCUUCUGUAGAGAAAUGUAAAUCAAACACUAAGCCUAAUAUACAUGAAGUCCAAAUCAAAAGACAUUUCAAGGAACUGGUAGAGGAUCCUGCAGAUAAGCAUGCACUGGACCUUCUUAUUCUUCCAACUUCUGUCAAAGAGGAGUUACUAUCCUUAGUAGGCAAGCAUGUCCUGGUUGAUCCAACAACAAUAAUGGAACCAAAAAGCCAACAAAGAAUGUCUGAAAAUACCAAUUAUAUAACAACAUACAAUCAUCAGUUCUGGCCUACAGAAGUCCAAAACACUCAAAAAUAUGACAAUAUAAGUUCUAAAGCAGAUGUUAGGCAUAAAUCAAAGGCAGGUAAUGUUAUUUUACACCACAGAGCUUCUGAGCCACAACAUCUAGCUACCAACGAUAAAUGGGACUGCAAUAGCCAAGAACCCCCAUUGCCCAGCUUCGAUACAUAUGAGAGGGCCGGAGUACAAUUAACUGAGAUUGAUGUGCCCCAGUACCAACAUCUGGAUGAAAGAGAGCCGCCAUACAAAGAUGAUCAUGAAGAGUUUCAGCAGAUAUCUGGACUGCUAGACACUAUUAUGGGUAGGGAAAAUGGAGACCAAAAUCACUUUUCUUUGGGUACUCAAAAAGAAUUUAAUAUGCUCUUGGACUUUUUUAAAACCAUGGGUUACCAGGAAGCUGUGGUUCUUAAAGUAUUGUCUGAAAAUGGAAUUCAAGAACCUUCUCAAAUACUGGACAAGGUUAAGCUGGAACAGUCAAACACCAGUCAACGAACAGAACCACAAAAUGUUCCUCAUAAAGGACUCUCUCAUACUGCAUCCAGCCAGAAUAAUGAAGAUGAUGAUUAUGUUUUGGAAGUUGUUAAAUCGGCUGCCAGGAACUGUGGCUAUUGUCCUAGUGAAAUUGAUGAUAUAGGGAAUGUAUCUGUGGCAGGACUGCUUAGAAAACUUAAUGAAAAGAACAUUUUGGAAGAUCACAUGGCUUUUUCUAACUACCAAAGUCAGGAUGAUACUGAAGGUGGUGAACUGUUUCCAGAUGUGCUUAAAGUAGAACCAGUGGCUGAGCUCAAUGCAGUUGAAAUGAAUCCACCACAAAUGUUAAAACAUAACAAGCAAUGCAAGCACCCUGUGGAGGUUGGUUGGUUGGAGAAAGGCAAGGGUCCAGCUGAUAAGAAAGAACCCCGUGUCCCUGUGGUGACAGGAGUACAAAGGUUUACUGAAGCAAUGCAAACUCCAUUCCAACUUAACCUCAGAAAUGAAAAAGGAAGGGAAGAUCUGAGAUAUAUCAUAAUAGAUGGCAGUAAUGUAGCUAUGAUACAUGGACUUCACAGUUUUUUCUCUUGUCGCGGAAUUGCCCUCGCUGUGCAGUAUUUCUGGGACCAAGGACAUCGGGGCAUCACAGUUUUUGUUCCUCAGUGGCGACUGAAAAAAGACAGUAAAGUUAAAGAACAGCAUUUCCUAACACAGUUGAACGAUCUUGGACUUCUCUCCUUCACUCCAUCAAGAACAAUAGAAGGCAAAAGAGUAACAUCGUAUGAUGACAGGUUUAUGCUGAAUUUAGCAGAGAAGACAGAUGGUGUCAUUGUCACAAAUGAUAAUCUACGAGACAUAGCUGCUGAAUCCCAGACCUGGAAAACUAUUAUAAAGAAUAGACUUCUACAGUUCACCUUUGGUGGAGGUAUUUUCAUGGUACCAGAUGAUCCCCUGGGUCGUAAUGGACCACCGCUGAACCAGUUCCUCAGUAAAAACUCAUGCCCCAGGACCAAGUCAAAAGGACAUUCAUUUGCCGGUCGACGAGGAACCCAUGCAGCACCUAAGAAAUCAUCUCAGACAGAGGUCUUAAACUUUCGAGACCGUAAGGCAGGUGCAGUGCAAGAAGAGCAGAAGGCUGAUGUCCGCACAUUAAAUGAGACAAAAAGACUCAGACGUGAAUUACUAAAUAUUUUUCCUUCCCAGCAUUCAAAGGUGGAUUAUAUUCUUCAUAGAGAACAAUAUCUGUCUGAUCUCAACAAACUUUCUGAACUCAUAAUAACUCUUUAGCGUUGAAAAAAGUUUAAAAAUCAAAAUACCCCAGUGACUGAUUCAAGAAAGUCCUCUUAUACCUUAUUCAGUACAGACUGCCCACAAGAUUUACUUACAUGUUCCAUCAUGUAUGAAGUCCUCAUAAACAGGACCCAGCAUUUAUGAAAUGAAAAUUUGAUUCCUUCUAUUUGGAGCAUCUACAUGGACAAAUCUGCAUUGGGACAAAUAUAUUUUAAAAAUAUAAGUUUGUUUUUAUUCACUACACCUGGUCUACUACCCAAAUCUAGUUUAAACUAUUUGUGUACAAAAUAUGGAAAGUUCCACCACUGUACAGAGUGUUUUUUUAAUGUUUGAUUUAAAAUAUGUACACAUGCAAUUUUAUUUUUUUUUUAAUAAAAGGAAAUCCAUGUCACAGAGCAAUAUUACAGAAAAA